ACAAAUACACAAAUACGAGUCAACAAUGACACUAAGCUUAACAGAAGUACAGUAUUCACGACACCAAAAGUUAACAAACGCGGUUUUACUGUAUGAAACUGGUAUAAAAUAUCAGACGAACAGUGGACUCUUGCGUGGGUGUUUCGCUACAAUAACCAACCUUCCCUUUUGCGCGACUUCCUCUUCGCGCUUUGAGAAGCUACAAAAACUUUCACUGUCAUCGUUAGCGUCGUCUGCAACACAUCGGGACCAUUUGAGAGAGAAAGUGCGUCAAAAACUAGAGAGCAAUGGAAUAAAUGGAAAUAAUGCAAUGAACUUUAGUUAGUUAUGUCCAUUCAUGUCAUUUUGCUGUCUCUGUAGAAUUAACGAUGCAUUACUGCAAUAAAUAUUUCAGUUUACUAAUGUCAAACGGGUUUGUAUCUCAUCAGCCAGACAUGUCUUCGUGAAGAUCUUUGAACAGAAUGUUUAUUUAGAAAUCAUUGACAGUUUCGUCUGUACGAAAGAAAGUAAAAUCAUUAUCUUAAUCAUGUUGCAAAUUUUACGUAUUAGUGUUUCUUCAGGAAAGAUAGUAUCCUCUGUUGUGGCUAUAUUUAACCACCUUUCCGGCUGUAUAUGGAAGAAGUAAGUGGGUGUCUACUGAACCAUGGAUAAUUUGACUCCUGAAGACGAAGAUUUUCCUGGCAGGCUUUUACACCAGGCAGCAUUAUGGGAUAAUGCCGAAUUGUUGGAAGAUUUAUUGCGUGGAGAACAGGUUGCGCACAUCAACAGUCAAGAUUCUUGGGGUCGAACUCCUCUUCACGCAGCAGCAACUACAGAUAAUUCCCGCUGCUUGAGUGUUUUGUUAAAUGCUGGUGCUGAUCCGAAUAUUGCCUGUGGAAUAAGAGGUGAAAAUAAGGUCCCUCUGCAUAUCAGUGCUGAGCAUGGGUAUGUCAAUAAUAUUAAACAUCUCCUAGCACGUGGUGCAGAUGUGGUGGCAACAGACAGCAGUGGCCUAACAGCCCUGGAUAUUGCUGAGAAAUGUGAACAUACAGAAUGUAUGGAAGUACUGAAAAGGGCAGCUGAUCUUAAAGAGUCAGAGAGACAAAAUUCUCAUCAAACAUUACGUGAAGCAUGUCUGAAUGGUGAUGUAGCUCUUGUGAAAUCUAUACUUCAACAACUGGGAUCUGAUGCAGAGCUUGUAGUUAACAUGGCACCUAAUGGAUCCAACACACUACUAUUCAUGGCAUGUGAAUCUGGGCGGAAAGAAAUUGCGAAGGUACUACUCGAAUAUGAUGCUGAUGGAAGAAUGCAUCCUGUAACAAAAUACUCACCAUUGUAUAUUGCAUGCUAUAGUGGGAGAAAGGACAUUGUUGAAAUGCUACUGAAGAAAUUCCCAGUGCUGGUCAAACAAUAUACAGUGGAAAGAUGGCUGCCUCUACAUGCGUGCUGCAUUAAUGGGCAUACACAUGUCAUGGAACUUCUACUUAAAUACCAGUAUCCCCCACACAUAAUGCAAAAAUUCAGGGAUCACACUGGUGAAUGGGAAUAUGAGAUGCCUUUUGACAUUAAUAUGCGUGAUGUAACUGGCCAGAAUGUGUUGUAUGUUGCUUCACUUCUUGGAAAUUACAAAAUGGUUGAUCUCCUACUGAAAUUUAGAGUCAAAGCAUACCGUGUAAAGUCAUUACAGAAAGAUGAUGAGAGUGAUCCUGGCAGAAGUGGAGAGAUUGUUAGCCCAACAAGGAGGCGCAUUUCUGAUGGAAUUCAGUCAAUCAUGGCUCGUCUUAAUCUCAGUCGGGCUGGAGAAAAUCAAGGUCAAGCUGCCAAAAAUGACUGCAUGCUAAGUCCUUUACAACUAAAUAUAUACUGCAGCAACAACAGUGAAACAGCUCUUCAUGUUGCUGUAAGAGGAAAGCAUUAUGAAGUAGCCAGUGCCUUACUGCUUUGUGGAGCUGAUCCAAAUUUAGCGUGUCGAAUGUCAGACCAGGUAUCCUCACCUGACACUGAAGACGUUGGUACUAUUAGCAGUUCCACUGCACUUGUUGAGGCAUGCAAGAAUCGAGAUAUUGGCAUGACAGAUCUUCUUCUAAGGCAUGGAGCUCGUGACGAUGAUUGCAAGGCACUUCGUGUUGCUACACAAAAUCGUGAUGACAUUCUUACUGCCAAACUGCUAUCAACAAAGGCAUACCCUGAUCCCGAAUACAGACUGAAUAAAGCAGCCAUGACAGAAGAAGGAAUUGGUUCGGUGUCACACUUAGGCCUCAGCAGCUUAACAUACAGCUCACUCUUUCCAAAUACAGCUGUAAUGAUAAACUGGCACAACCAACAAUGUGAUCUCGCACAGCUACGAAAACAGUGGUUGGUUGAUGCAGCUCUGAAUGUCAAUCCCAAGCUUAAAUUAAAUCCAAAGAAUCAAGAUAUUGUUCUCUACGCAAUCACAAGGAUAGACUUGUCAAAAAAUUCACUUACGUGGUUACCUCUAGUCAUUUUUCAACUUCAUAGCCUCAGGUACUUGAAUGUUGCUCAGAAUAAAAUUGAAAGACUACCACCCCCAAAUGAAACAGGUUCACUUUCUCCAACACGAGGAGGAGGAAACAAGAAUAACAAAUUUAGAAAAACUGGAUAUACUGCACCAGUAUUGGAGGAAGUUUAUUUACAGGAUAAUCGACUGGAAGUCAUUAGUGAUGACAUUUUCAAAUUGUCAUCUCUUGUGACGUUGGAUAUUUCAAAUAACAAAUUGCAAGAGCUACCAUAUGCUGUGUGGAGAGCUCCAAAAUUGAAAGAACUGAAUGCCGCAUUUAACCUGCUGAAAGAACUUCCUAUAUCUCCACCAGAGGAGCAUACUGAAGCCCAGAGUCCUGUGCAUAGUGAUGGUACAAAAUCAGCUGGUGUAGCUGAUUAUGGUGACCAUUCAGAAUCGACCAGUUGCUCAGAAAUUUCAGAAGACUUGAACCUUAGCAGUGAAGAUCAUCUCCUUGAUGCGCAAACAUUCCACUCAACAUUCAUGAAAACCAAAACUGUCGAACAUUUGGAUGUUUCUCAUCACAACAUAUGGAGUCGCAGUGUGGAGGUGACUGAGCAGAUCAUGCACACAGAUGAAGAACACGAUGAGAAUUGCUCAAAGCUCUCAGCUUUAAAUUUGGCACAUAAUUUAUUCACUGGUGUACCAAUAGCGCUGCCUUGUUUGGCUGUAAAUUUGACAAGACUGAACCUUAGCUAUAAUAGCCUCCGUAGUAUGAGCCACAUCACAUCAUAUCCAAGUUCACUGAAGCAGUUAGACGUGUCACACAACCAAAUAUGUUGCUGGCCAAGUUUACCACAGAUUGAUGGUGUUGAUGGUAGUGAGCAUUCAGUAACUGCCUGUUACUCUCUGGUAGAUGCUGGUAUGAAAGGAAGUACAAAAAUACCAUUAAUGCCAGGUCGACGAUCAUUAAGAAGUACCAUCUUGAAUUAUGUUUGCACACACAGGCGACAUCUUCGACUUGACAACCUCCGCACACUUAUACUCUCCGACAACAACCUUAGCCGUAUUCAGUUAUCAACAGAUGAUGAUGGGGGAAGUUCUGUAUCUGAAGAAGAUGAAACUGAUUGGGACCUGUUAAAUUCUCCUGCCAGUUCAAAGAAUCGACUUAUGUUUCCAAAUUUGAGUAUGUUGGACAUUAGCAACAAUCAGCUCCGUGAAAUACCUCAAAACAUCCAUGAACUGAGUAACUUAUCUGUUUUAAACGUCAGUGGAAAUCCAGAUAUCUGUGAACUCCCACCCCAGAUGGGUCUGUUAUCCAGACUAUGGAAUCUAAAUACACGUGGAUGCAGUCUUCAGGAACCACUUAAAUCUAUGAUUGAUUCCAAGAAAUAUAAAACAAUGGAUGUAAUUGGUUACCUGAAAUCAGUACUUGAGGAUGCAAGACCAUAUGCACGAAUGAAGUUAAUGAUUGUUGGUGUCCAAGGAAUUGGAAAAACUUCUCUUUUGGAGCAGUUGCGGCAGGAGGGAACUGGAUCAUACAAAAAGAAGCCUGUUGAGCACUGGGCAAAAAGGAUGGGCAAUAAAAAUAUAAAUGUGAAAACUGCAAGAGGAUGUAACAUGUCAACAGUUGGCGUAGACAUUGGAGAUUGGAUUUAUGAGAAGAAAAUAAGAGGGCAGUCAUCUUAUGGACCAGUUGUUUUCAGAACAUGGGACUUUGGAGGUCAAAGGGAAUAUUAUGCUACACAUCAGUAUUUCCUGUCCAAAAGAAGUUUGUAUCUUGUUGUGUGGAGAAUCCCUGAUGGACAGAAGGGCAUUAACGAGAUUUUACAGUGGCUGGUGAACAUACAGGCUAGAGCACCAAACUCACCUGUCUUAAUUAUUGGUACGCACUAUGAUCUCAUGAGAGAACAGUAUCCAGCAUCAACAUCAGAAGAACUUCAGCAGAUAAUCAGGGAUAAGUUUAUCAACAUAGUAGAUGCUGAAAAGUGUGGCCUUCCAAGAGUACUCGACACAAUAGAAGUCAGCUGUAAGACACGCCACAACAUUAGACUUCUUUGCAAUCUGGUUUAUGACACAGUUUUCAGUCUGAGGUCACCAGGAAGUAAGGAGUUACUUUUGGAACAACGUGUGCCAGCAAGUUACUUGGCCUUGGAAGAUGUUGUCACACAUCUGGCAGCUGAGAGACGACAGACUGGUGUGGACCCUGUCCUGAAUGCCGAGCAGUACCGCGCUGUUGUAACAGCAGAAAUGCAGUACCGAUACCAGAGAACUUUCCGUGAUGCAGCUGAACUACACCAAGCAACACUGUUCCUACAUGAUAAUGGUGUUCUCCUCCACUAUGAUGAUGCUACGUUGAAAGAUUUAUAUUUUUUGGACCCACAGUGGUUAUGUGAUAUGCUAGCACAUGUUGUGACUAUUCGUGAAAUUAACCCAUUUGCUCGUACUGGCGUGAUGAAAUUAGAUGAUCUGAAACAUGUCUUUAAGUCAUCAAACAUUGGACCAGUGGACACCCGUGGCUACAUUGUGAAUUUGCUGAACAAGUUUGAAGUAGCACUAACAUGGGACAACAGAACACUACUCAUCCCAUCAUUGCUUCCCUCAGAAGAAAGUUUCAAAAGCAGUCAUGUUCAGAUAGUCAGGGUAAAGAUUCCAGUUCGGUCCCGUGGGUGGGCAGUUCGAACCAAGAAAAUGGCUAUAUCGAGUGCUUCUACACUUGUUGGAAAUUCAUCUUUCUAUACACAGAGUCCAGAAAAAUUUCGCUUGCAAAAACCGCAUAGCUCCCCAGGUGCAUUGAGGAUAUCAGGACCAGCUGCACCAGAAGAAGGAAUGGAUGUCUCAGCAGCAAUGCAAUGUGAAAUCACACACCGGUCUGACCCUGAAUGUUCCAUUCGGCGUUUGCUCUUGAUGUCAUAUUUUCCAAGUGGUUUUUGGUCCAGACUUAUCACACGAAUUUUAGCAGAUGAUGCUAUUGUAGAUAUUGUCAGGUCAUUUUUCAUUAUGCCAAAGGAGGUUGUUCAAGAUGCAAAGUUGGCUCAUGUUCUUGAUGUCAGAGCUGAAUGGAUUUUGUGGCAAACUGGAAUGGAACUUCAGUACGCUGAUACAGUCCUGUUUCGAAUGAAGGAAGUUCUCCCUUCAAUGAGAAACUCUCCAAUAGACUACAGGCAACUGAGGUUUCGUCUGAAACAGGAGGAAGCUUGGACUGAUGUUGAUCUGAUAAAUUCUUCUAUACUUGAAAUAUAUUUUCCUGUAGAUACCAUUGUUAUAAAGAGACCUAUCACAGAUGAAUAUGCUGAAGGAGAACCUAUAGGUUAUCAGGCAAUUGUUCUGGACCCUAGUCCAGAAUGCACUGCAAAACUCCUAGCAUUAGCUGUGGAUCAUAUUGACAUCUUACUAGAGGACUGGUACCCUACUCUAGGAACCAGGUUUGUGCACACCUCAGAAGGAAAAUUCCUGGUUACAAGACUAGUACCUUGUCCGAGGUGUCUCGCAUCUUUGGGAGACAUGGAUCCUAUGCAGCGUAUGGAGAGCUGGCACAGUCACGAUCCUAAUAACUUAGGAGUAGGUCCAAGAAGCUUGGCAGAGGCACUACAUCAGGCUGAGAGGGAUCGCCAAUAUGGACCACAAUUACGGAAGUCACAAGAGAGUUACACGUCAGAUGUUGAUAGUGGUGUUGGUCCUGAUAGCACUGGCUCCAGCCGCAAGCCAUCUGUUGAAGGUCACCCAGGAAUUUGUGGAGAGGAAAGUUCACAUUUACAAGAAGAAGUUGAGUCACCACCACAGUAUAGUUGGAUAGUUGAAGAAUGUAUCUUAGCUGCAUAUGACAAGAAAAGUGUGACAUGCCCCACACAUGGUGAUAUACCUCUUGCCCAAGUAGCACCAGACACAGUGUUUUUAGACUUAGGAGAAAGAUACCUUAUCAGACCGGGAAACAUCAAGAAAGGUCGCUUAUUGGGAAGGGGAGCAUUUGGCUUUGUAUUCAGAGGAUCAUGCAAAGUACGAGGUUCCAACAAUUACAUUGACGUGGCCAUGAAAAUGUUGCAGCCUGUUCAGCCUGGUCCAAAUGCCAGGCAAUCUGCAGUAAUUGCUUUCAAGGCAGCCCAAGGAAAAUGGGAUCGCGAUCCUUUACAGUAUGCAUGUAAGGCGUACUGUACAGCACGUCAAGAGCUCAACAUUCUUCUGAAUUUGCGGCAUCCAAAUAUAGUGCCACUAGUGGGUGUCUGCCCACGACCACUCGCCCUUGUGCUGGAUCUUGCACCCCAAGGAGCACUGGAUGCAACCUUGAGACACUACAGACGCUCUGGUGCUCGCAUUGGUGCUUAUGCACUACAGGCCAUUAUCUUGCAGGCAGCAAAGGCAAUAGAAUACCUCCAUCAACAGCACAUUAUUUAUCGUGAUUUGAAGUCGGAGAAUGUUUUAGUGUGGGAAAUGCCACCACCAUUUCAUGACGAAGCUGAUAACUGUGUUCAUAUAAAACUAGCUGAUUAUGGAAUUAGUCGGUUGACGUUACCCUCUGGAACAAAAGGUUUUGGUGGAACAGAAGGGUUCAUGGCUCCAGAAAUUAUGCGUUAUAAUGGUGAAGAAGAGUAUACAGAAAAAGUUGACUGCUUUUCAUUUGGAAUGUUUAUUUAUGAGCUGUUGACCCUUCACCAGCCUUUUGAGGGACAUGAAUCUGUAAAAGAGUGCAUACUAGAGGGAGGAAGACCACCACUGACUUACAGGGAAACACUUUAUCCAAGCUUUAUACUUGAUCUGAUGGUGCUUUGUUGGUCUCAGUCUCCAAGAGAUAGACCAUCUGCUAGCCAGAUUGUGUCAAUAGCAUCUGCACCUGAAUUCACACACCUUGGAGAUACUGUGUCCCUAAGUCACACUGCUCCAGUUGUUGCCACAACAGUCGUCAACAUGCCACAGUCUGCAGAAGGAACUGUCAAUGGUUCUGAACUGUGGUUGGCAUGCUCCAAUGCCAGGGUGGAUCUGCUGCUGGCUAGUAGCCGUGGCUGGCUACAGUACUGCAGCCUUUCUCUGCCUAAAAAGCCAACAGCAGCAUGCACAGUCAAUGGCAAUGUUUGGCUUGGUGAUAGCAUUGGCCAAAUACAUGCAUAUGUGGGGAGUGACUGUUGCAAGCUCUUCAGUUAUGCACUUGACCCAGAUGCACCAAAACCAGCAGCUGUCUGCAGCCUGGUACCUCUUCCAGAACUCCAAAGGGUCGCUAUUGGACUUAGCAAUGGCAGGCUAUUUCUGGUUCGUAGUGAUAUGUUGCCUACAUCUCCCACUAUGGGAGAAGGAAGCUUUGUUAUGACUGAGUUGGGAAGCAGCACAGCAUUACAUUCAAUUACUGCUGUUUUUAGGGAUAAUGGCAUAGAGUGUGAACUGUGGUGUGGAGAAUCUCAAGGAAGUAUUUCAAUAUACACAAUCCGAGACAAUAUUGUAAUGGCCCACAAAAUUAUAAACCAUUAUGAACCUGUGAUUGAAAAUGUUAAUGUAUUAAAUCUUAUUUCUACCCAUGUUCCAAUAUAUUAUGACAAUGAAGAAGUUGUUGUUUGCUCUUAUGUGUACCCAGGGUGUGUUGUAUAUCAAUGGGAAACAGCAUCUCACACCAUUGUCAAUAAACUGGACUGUUCUAAGCUGGUUCCUUGCUCCGAAAGUUUGAAAUCUAUCAGUAUUGAGGAACACCUGAGCCCAGGAAAGUGUCAGGUAACAAGUUUAGCCAUAUUAAACAGUGAGUUGUACAUUGGUACAACAUGGGGAUGUAUCGUUGUCGCAGAACUGUCAACAAUGCGCCCAAUUACCGUGUUUCGGCCGUAUGAGGAAGAAGUGAGAGCCAUCAUACCUUUAGUGAGACUUUCUGCUGAUAUUACUGGUUUCAGAAAUACAACAGAGGACUGCAAUACUGGAAAAAUUUCAUAUCCACUGGUUGCUUCAGUAGGAAAAGGUUACCGCAGCUUAAUUUCCCGAUACACUGAUACUGUUGUCACACCUUCAAUACAGAGUCCUACAAGUGUACCUGCUGAUGCACGUAACCAAAAUAUGUAUAUUAUUCUGUGGCGAACAGAAAAUUGGGCAGCUGCUUAGAAUCUCUUAUUGUCAUUUCUUGGGGUAUAUUUCAAUUACCUCAUAACUAUAGCACAAAUUAACAACCUCACCUGCUCAGAGUGAAAAAUCAAGUGAUCUUGAAGUAAUCAUAUAGUGAAAUUUAUUGACUCGCAGACAUUGAGUUUCUUUUCUUAUUCUCAUCAGUAAAAAUAAAUGGAUUUAUUAAUAAGAAAUGAUUGUGCACUGAAAUCUUCAGUUGAUAUUAUUGUGCCAGUGCCUCGCUUGACUGCUUGCCUUAUACUUGCGAUUUUUUGAGGAAAAAAAUGUAGUAAUAGUGUGAAAAGUUCAUUUAUUUUUGUUUGUUUAAAUGUUCAGAUGCAGAUUCCUUGUAUUUAAGUUCUCCUGCUUUGCAGCAUUAAAACUCAUCAGGUACUGCAACUAAUUGGUUGUCAGUGCAUAGAAAGGAGAAAUGGGAAGUUUUCUCACUGCUCACCAUUUUCUGGGUUCAGUAUACUUAUCGUAAUACUUCUCCGGGUAUUUGAAUAUAUUUUCAUAACUGCAUAUUUUUCACUUAUGAAAUAAUUCAGCAACAGUUUCAGUUUGUUCUGGAACACAAGCAUUUAACAAUAUGAGUCUUACUUUGUUUCUAGAGUACUUGUCUGAAAAUUGCCAUGCAUAUACAAAUGUAUGAAAACUGACUAUAUCUCAAAA